AUGUUUGCAAAGAUGGGAAGCAACGCGACCGGACGGUGGAGGAACAUGCAUGCUCUCAUGAAAGCACACGCCGUCGUCGUGACAGCCGUCGCGGCUGACGUCAGAAUGCCGGCUUCUUCGUCGUCGAUGAGUAAUGUCAAUAUGCAUUUGCAAUCAAAAUCAGACAACGAGUUUGUGGCCUUGUUGAAAAUCGUGGGAAGUCCUCUUAUUCCUUUUCAUGUCCCUCUCGAGUUUUGUCUCUCCCGACCCAUCAAUGACACUUCCAUCGAGGCGUCCACGGCUAAGUACAUAGUGCAGCAGUACGUGGCAGCCUGCGGUGGUCCAGCAGCUUUGAACGCGGUGAAGAGCAUGUACGCGGUGGGGCAGGUGAGGAUGCAAGGCUCUGAGAUGGUUGCUGGGGAAGAUGAAGGGACGGGUACACCGGUGCGACUAGGAAAAGGCAGUUUUGAGGUCGGAGGUUUUGUUUUAUGGCAGAAGAACCCAAACCUUUGGUUCUUGGAGCUGGUGGUUUCCGGUUUCAAGAUUAGCGCCGGUAGUGACGGUAAAGUCGCUUGGAACCAAUCAUCCACACAACCUUCUCAGGCUCACCGUGGCCCUCCUCGCCCGCUUCGUCGCUUUUUUCAGGGACUAGACCCGAGGUGCACGGCGAGUCUGUUCUUAGACGCCGUUUGCAUCGGCGAACAAACCGUUAACGGCGAAGACUGUUUCGUCCUAAAGGUAGAGACACCUUCAGAUAUUCUCAAGGCACAAUGUUCACCAAACACGGAGGUGAUUCACCACACAGUGUGGGGUUUCUUCAGCCAAAGGACAGGAUUACUCGUUAAAUUCGGUGACACAAAGUUAGUCAAAGUCAAAUCCGUUAGAGGCAAAAACGACGGCGUUUUUUGGGAGACAAGCAUGGAGUCAAUCAUUGAUGAUUACAUAUUCGUUGACUCGGUUAACAUAGCACACGGUGGUCAAACCGUGACUACGCUAUACCGUUACGGCGGAGCGGUUAACCACCGUAGAAGAAUCGAAGAGAAAUGGAGGAUUGAGGAGGUUGAUUUUAAUAUUUGUGGUCUGUGUUUGGAGAGUUUCUUGCCACCGUCGGAUAUCAACAAUGAUCAUUAG